ACAAAAAUCUCAGCACUAGCACUAACCUCAUUUAAGUAGUACUAGGUAUUGAAUUACUUCUUCAGAGUUAAUACAUAGGUAUUUUGUUUCUUUUUGUCAAUGGCAAAUGUUAUAAAGUGCGAUAGUGACAAAACAUAUUUUCCUUAUGAAAAUAAAUAUCAAAUUGCUAUAACUUAACUUUUUUAUUCAGUUUAUUCUUAUAUUCAAAAAGUAAAUUAGUCAAAAAAAUCACCACAAACGUAUGUAACGUUUACAAAUUAAUUUUAUUGAAUGUCUGUGUGUUUUAUUGUUACCUACUAAGGUACCUACAUAUCGAUCGUUUAAACUACAUACCUACAUACCAAAAGUAGGUGUGAAAUGUUUACAUUAAAUUUAUUCGUCAUAAGGCAAACGAUUUUGAUGUUCAGAUUUAAACUGUAUCUAUCUACUGUAUAAAUUCACGAAUUUGAUAUUACGAUUGAAUAGCCUUUUGGAAUCGGAAUAUAUUUAGAACUUUGCAAUGCUCGUUUUGUUUGUUGGUUCACAUUUGUGUGGUAUCUAGUGAUAGAUAAUGCAACUUCAUCUGCCUGCCAAUUCCCACCCAACAUAAAGGUUACAUGUAUUUUUAAAAUAAGACCGGGAUCCAGGUUCAAACAAAAUGGAAAAUCAAUUGCGAUGUUACAGUGAUAUAGUUGCAGAAGUUUAUAAUGCUGAAAAGAUUAUUACUGAUACAUCAUCAGAUCAGGUUGAUGUUGAAAGUGUGGUGCUUAAUUUAUAUCGCCAGUUUGAAAAGAAUGCUGCUAUUGAUCCUGAUUUGCCAAAACUAAAUAGAAAUGUUCAUAGUAAAAUAUUAAAGAGUUGGUUGAACGGAUUACCAAAAAGUUAUGAGUGUUUGGAUGCCAGCAGAACAUGGAUUGUUUACUGGAUUCUACAUUCUUUAUGGCUUUUAAAUGAUAUGCCUGCUGAAGAUAUACUUUCAAAUGUGGUACAGUUUUUGUCCCACUGUCAGCAUGAAGAGGGUGGAUAUGGUGGAGGACCAGGGCAGUUCCCACAUUUAGGAACUACAUAUGCAGCAGUGAAUGCCCUCAGUAUUGUUGGCACGGUGGAGGCUUACGAAUCUAUUGAUAGAAGUUCUCUACAAAAGUUCUUGUGGUCAUUGAGAAGUGUUGAUGGAGCAUUUGCUUUACAUAGGGGUGGAGAACAGGAUAUAAGAGGAGUAUACUGUGCACUUAGUGUUGCCAAAAUAACUAAUACUUACACAGAUGUAUUGUUUGACAAAACACCUGAAUGGCUUGUUGGUUGCCAGUCAUAUGAAGGAGGCUUUGCUGGAUGUCCUGGAAUGGAAGCUCACGGAGGAUAUGCAUUCUGUGGCAUUGCUUCACUGGCACUACUAAAUAAAUCUCAUCUGUGUGAUAUGGAUGCACUUUUAAGAUGGUGUGUUAAUCGUCAAAUGCGUAUGGAGGGUGGUUUUCAGGGAAGAACAAAUAAACUUGUAGAUGGUUGUUAUUCAUUUUGGCAAGGUGCAGCUUUUCCUAUUAUAAGUGCUAUAUUAUCACAAGAUAACAAAGAAUUAAUAGAAACGGUUUUCUUCAAUCAAAGUGCUUUACAAGAAUAUUUAUUAGUUUGUUGCCAAGCUAGAGAUGGAGGACUUAUUGACAAACCUGGAAAGCAUUGUGAUAUAUACCAUACAUGUUAUGGAUUAAGUGGAAUAUCAGUGGCACAACAUGGCACAGGUGCUGGAGACCCCCAUAUUGUUGGUUCACCGCGCAAUGAGCUCAAUAGAGUUCAUCCCUUGCAUAAUGUUGCACCACAUUUUGUGUAUAAUGCUGUACAUUACUUUAUUAGACAUCCACCUCCAGUCAAAGAUAAAAACUAGCUGAAUUGAUCAACAUUAAUAUACCUAGUUAUUUUUUUAUCAUCUUUAAAAGUACCUUCUUAUGAAGUACCUUAUUUAAUGUUUUUGAACUCUGAAGUUGACAAAGCUUGCUGAAACUUAUUUACAAAUGAGUGACUGAGCUUUGCUAGUUAUCUAGAAGUGAAGAGGCAAACAUAUUUGUUUAUCAUUAAUUAUAUACACCAUGUUGUAAAUCUACUACUACCAAUAAAUUUAUACAAUCAGAAUGUCAACUCAGUCAAUGUCAAAGCAGUCCUUGGCUGGUUGCUUCCUUCGCCUCUAAGUGUUGUACACUUAGAGGAUAUUACUAACAAUAUUAUGCAAAUGUUUAGAUAACACAGUAGUGGGUGGUGAUGAAAUUGGAAGUACAGUCAAGAAGUACUUACUAGGGUGCAUGGUGAAUAAUUGUUUGGGAUUCUCAAUAGGUAGUAACAACUCAAUAGGUAGGUUAGAUUUGUGCACUGAUCAGUGAGAAAAAAUAUUUUUGAGUGACUACAAUGGGGCUCAACUUUGUCAAAAACCAAUAAAAUUAUGUUUUCAUACA